CCCGUGGCCUCUAUUGCUACGUUAUGAUGACUUUUGGAUUGAAAAAUGCUGGGGCCACAUAUCAGAGAUUGGUCAAUAAGAUGUUUGCUCGUUUAAUUGGCCAUACCAUGGAAGUCUAUGUAGACGACAUGUUGGUGAAGUCGGAACAGGCCGUCGACCAUAUUGCUCAUCUCUCUGAAGUCUUUGAUAUACUCCGAGAGUACUCCAUGGUACUUAACCCUAAAAAAUGCACUUUCGGAGUUGGGUCAGGAAAGUUUCUAGGGUACAUGGUGAGCCAAAGAGGGAUCGAAGCCAAUCCUGCUAAGAUUCAAGCCAUACUUGACCUAGCUCCCCCGACAUCUCUCAAAGCCGUCCAAGCCUUAACUGGUCGGCUGGCGGCCCUUAAUCGGUUCAUUUCGAAAUCCACGGACCAUUGUAAAUCAUUCUUUGACGCUAUCAAGAAGACGAAGUCGUUUGAAUGGACCACGGAAUGUCAAAAUGCUUUUGACAACAUUAAACAGGUUCUUUUGCAGUUACCGACCUUACAAAAGCCGCUUCCCGACGAGCCCCUCUAUUUGUAUCUCGGUGUAAGUGAUGUUGCCGUUAGCGCUGUCCUUAUACGUCAAGACGGACUUCAGCAGUUUCCAGUGUAUUAUGUUAGCAAGGCCUUGCAUGACGCGGAGUUACGAUACCCGCAUAUGGAGAAGCUCGCCUACGCUCUGAUCAUUGCUGCACGGAAAUUGCGCCCAUAUUUUUUGGAGCACUCGAUUGUUGUGUUUACGGCAUAUCCCCUCCGCCAAAUCCUUCAUCGACCUGACACGUCGGGAAGAAUGAUCAAAUGGGCAAUUGAGUUGGGACAGUUCGAUAUACAAUACCGGCCACGAACCGCUAUCAAGGCCCAA